AUGGCGUUACACCCGCGAAGAGUUCGCUUGAAGCCGUGGCUGGUAGCCCAGGUCGAUAGUGGUAUGUAUCCCGGCCUUAUCUGGCUAAACCGAGAAGCGAAGCGGUUUCAAAUCCCCUGGAAGCAUGCAACUCGGCACAGCCCGCAGCACGAGGAGGAGAACACCAUCUUCAAGGCAUGGGCUGUGGAAACGGGAAAGUACCAGGAAGGAGUCGAUGAGCCAGACCCUGCAAAGUGGAAAGCCCAGCUCCGAUGUGCUCUUAACAAAAGCCGGGAAUUUAAUCUGAUGUAUGAUGGCACCAAGGAGGUGCCCAUGAAUCCUAUUAAAAUUUAUGAAGUGUGCGAUAUCCCGCAGUCCCAGGGAUCAAUCAUUAAUCCAGGUUCCACUGGCUCAGUUCCGUGGGAUGAAAAGGAUAAUGAUCUCGAUGAUGAAGAAGAGGAAGAAUUGAAUCAAUCUCAGCAUGUCCCUAUUCAAGAGACAUUUCCAUUUCUUAAUAUCAAUGAUUCUCCAAUGGCUCCAGCCAGUGCAGAAAACUGCAGCCCUGAAGCUGUGUGGCCAAAGAAUGAACCUCUAGAUAUGGAAAUGCCCCCAACUGCGCUGCAGCAUGACUUCUUCAGCAGCCCUGAGCUCUGGAUCAGCUCUCUGCCAAUGACAGACCUAGAAAUCAAGUUUGAGUAUCGAGGAAAGGAGACUGGACCGACGACGACUGUAAGCAAUCCUCAGGGAUGCAGACUUUUCUACGGAGAGCUGGGUCCUAUGCCAGACCAGGAAGAGCUCUUUGGGCCCAUUAGUUUGGAGCAAGUAAAGUUUCCAGGAACAGAGCAAAUCACCAAUGAAAGGCAGAAGAUCUUCACAAGUCGGCUGCUGGAUGUUAUGGACAGGGGACUGAUCCUGGAGGUCAGCGGCCAUGCCAUCUAUGCUGUCCGGCUCUGCCAGUGCAAAGUCUACUGGUCUGGUCCCUGUGCUCCUUCCUCCACCACACCAAAUUUGAUCGAGAGGCAAAAGAAAGUCAAACUCUUCUGCCUGGAAACAUUCCUAAGCGAGCUGAUUGCCCAUCAGAAAGGACAAAUUGAGAAGCAGCCACCGUAUGAGAUCUACUUCUGUUUUGGAGAAGAAUGGCCUGAUGGAAAACCCAGGGAGAGGAAGCUGAUUGUGGUUCAGGUCAUUCCAGUUGUGGCCCGGAUGAUCUACGAAAUGUUUUCCGGUGACUUCACGCGCUCCUUUGACAGUGGCAGCGUGCGGCUCCAGAUCUCUACGCCCGACAUCAAGGAUAACAUUGUGGCUCACCUGAAGCAGCUGUACCGGCUGCUGCAGAACCACCAGGAAGGGUGGCCGAUGCAGACCCCUGCCAUGCACAUGGCGCAGCCGCUCCCGGCGCAGUGACAGAUGCUUUGCUUUGCC